AUGGUGACCCCACCUGCUCGUAAGGUCGUAUUAGGCCUCUACUCCUCCACCUUGCGGACAGCAAAAUCAUUCAGUUCAUAUAACUUUCGCAACUACUUUGUUCGGAGGACAAAGGAUACAUUCCGUGGGAUGCAAGCAGAACAAGAUCCCAUCAAGUUUUCACAAGCAUACAACGAGGCUGUGAAGGAGCUUUCAGUAUUAAGACGGUGUGCAGUCAUGAAUCAGUUAUAUGGCGGCGAGCGGCUGGCAGUUGAAGAACAAAAGUGA